GGGGGGGGGGCAAGAUGGCGGUGGUGGAAGUGGAGGUAGUGGGGGCGCCGCUGGAGCCCGGCGCCGAUGAGGUUGACCUGUCACACCUGGACCCGGACGAGAGAUGGAGGAUCGAGCAUGCCCGGAUGCACGCCAAGCACCGGGGCCACGAGGCCAUGCACGCCGAGAUGGUCCUCAUCCUGAUUGCCACGUUGGUGGUCGCCCAGCUGCUCCUGGUCCAGUGGAAACAGAGGCACCCUCGCUCCUACAACAUGGUGACCCUCUUCCAGAUGUGGGUGGUCCCCCUCUACUUCACUGUCAAGCUGCACUGGUGGCGAUUCCUGGGCAUCUGGGUUUUCUUCUCGGCCGUCACGGCUUUCGUUACCUUCCGAGCCACCCGGAAGCCCCUGGUCCAGACCACCCCCAGGUUGGUCUACAAGUGGUUUCUCCUCAUCUACAAGAUCAGCUACGCCAUAGGCAUCGUGGGCUACAUGGCUGUCAUGUUCACCCUCUUCGGCCUUAAUUUAUUAUUCAGAAUUAAACCGGAAGACGGCAUGGACUUUGGGAUCUCCCUGCUGUUCUACGGCCUCUACUACGGAGUCCUGGAACGGGACUUUGCGGAGAUGUGUGCGGAUUACAUGGCCUCCACCAUCGGGUUCUACAGCGCCUGCGGGAUGCCCACCAAGCACCUCUCAGAGAGCGUCUGUGCCGUCUGCGGGCAGCCGAUCUUCGUGGACGUCAACGAGGAAGGGAUCAUCGAGAACACCUACCGGCUCUCCUGCAACCACGUCUUUCACGAGUUCUGCAUCCGGGGCUGGUGCAUUGUGGGGAAGAAGGAGACCUGUCCCUACUGCAAGGAGAAAGUGGACCUCAAGCGGAUGUUCAGCAACCCCUGGGAGCGGCCGCAUGUGAUGUACGGACAGCUGCUGGACUGGCUGCGCUACCUGGUGGCCUGGCAGCCGGUCAUCAUCGGACUGGUGCAAGGGAUUAACUAUAUUUUGGGGCUGGAGUAGCCCCCCCCCCCCCGUUCCUGCCCCGGAGCCCGGACUCCCCUGGGGAGCCAAGGAGGCCUUGGGAGACCCCCGGGAGCAGCCUUCUCGGCCA